AUGGAAACCAGAAAAGGUCUUCUCACUAAACUCGGAGCCUUCUCCGCUGUGGCUAUUGGUCUCACUGUAGUGGGCAAAAAACACAUCGCUUCUCAUAAAGAGGACAGACACAGAUUGGAGAGCGAUGCCUCUGUUGAUCAUGAAGAAGAUGAGUUUGCUGAACAAACUGCCAGGCCAGGUUUUCCAACCAAUAAUCCAAAUUUGAAUUACGAAGGUGCUGGUCGUGAAUCCAAAUACGUGGGCUCUGGACUUGCGUAUUCCACAAGAACUCCCGGUGAUCGCUUGAGUAUGUGGAAUGUUAUUUCAAAGAAAAUCAAGAAAGAUGAUUAA